UUAUAAUAAUAUUAAACUACCGUACAUAGUUUUACUUGACAUUGGCAAAAUCAUUGAUUAUUUCGAUGGAGCCAUAACAUUUAAAAGAAGAAGAGAUUUCAGUAUUUCGCCCAGUCCAGUCUAGUCUCAUCUGUGUUCGGGAUACGAUUCGCGGAAUCCGUUAUUGUUCGGAAGACGAAGAUUCAUUUCUAUAAUUCUGAUUUUUCACUUAAUUAAGCGGAUUUAUAUUGUAACCAUGUUUAGUGUAAAGUUUAUCGUACUUGGGAGCGAUGCGCAAUUUUAAGCUUAUUCCAAACCACAUCUCCCACCUUUGCGCAUACCGGGUUCUACAGGGCGAUCAGAAUAUUGAUUUUUUGCAUCCCCUUUUCCUCCCGCAGGACAGUGCUUCCCUCCCCAUCUAAUUGCCAGUCCGCGUCUUUGUUUGUUUGCGGUUAACACUAACGUUGUGUUGUCUGUCUGGGAAUAUUGAAUAUUCGCGAGUGGAUUAAUAUGUGAAAAGUGGGUAUUCGUGCGCGAAUAAUAGCACCAGUCGAGCUCCACAAAGUGCUUAAUUUUGUAUUAGGGGCCCUCAAAAUUAUGUCGACCGAGAACAUGGCGGCCGAAUCAACGUUGAUUUUUAACAUGCCGUUGGAUGUAAUUAUGAAGAUAUUGCAAAAUCUGAAUGUGAGUGAUAUCAUCAACAUGAUGCUGACUUGCAAGACAAUGAAGGAGAUGAUAAUGCAAGACAACCUUCUGUGGAAGAAGGUCAAUCACGACAAGCUCAUUGUGCAGAACAAUAUUGAACACAGGUCGCAAUCAAAUUCUCUAUCCUACUACCACAAAUGCCGCAUAUCAAACAAUUGGUGUAAGGGAAUCUACAGAAACAGGGUAGUGAUAUACCACCACACAAAGUACAUGCCAUGGAUGUACUUUGAUUCUCAUGAGAUGUUCCUGGCUGUCGGGUCAGAAUUGCGUUGUUACACCACCGACAGGAAGGGCAUACCGAUGUGCAAGUCACCCACUUGGAAAAUUGACGUGCCAAAAGUCAAAAGACACGACGUACGCACCAACGAUAUUUCCAGAUUUGUUAUGAAAGGUGGAAUCGUAGCUUGUGGAAACAGGGAUGGCUGCGUCGCCAUAUAUAAACAAGAUUACCCGCGCCAAAAGCCUCAUCUGAUGCACCACAUUAAAGAUUGCCACGAGAAUGGUAGAGUUGAAGUAUCUGCUGUGGAAAUCAUCGGCGAAGCAGACUACUGCUGCGUGGUGACUGCCUCUGGCUACAGCUCCACAUUGGUUAUGUGGAACUUGCGAUCUGACCACCCCCGAUUUAAUGGAUUUACACGAAAUCCAGAGGCUGACGUCCUAUGCGUAGAAGGUCGUAGGAGGAUCCGCACAGGUUUUAACGCGGGCUUAAAAUGUUUGGCAGUUAACAGGAUGGAAAGUAGACUGGCCAUGGGAUUAAAUGGAAACAGCAGGCCGAUUGUGCUUGAUAUUGAAACAGGCGAGUUGUUAUUAACUGCCGAGAGAACAAAAUCUGUGAGACAAGUAACACGAGAUAUACGCUGGCACAAUGAAAACACUGUUGUGUUCGUCACUCAUGCUGGUCAAUUGCAAAUGAUCGACGUUAGGACGGGACUAGUGGCCUACGACGCGAAGGAUCCGUUCCUGUCAACGCUAUAUUGCGUGAAAACAGAUGCUCACAACACUCUGCUCGUUGGUGCAGCCGAAUAUUCGCGAUGCGUGCUAUUUGAUGCGCGCAACAGCGAUAGCCAUGUGCAGAUGUAUUUCACACAAAGGAAAUCCUCACCAAUUUACAGCCUGGACUUCGACUCGACGAAACUGGUCGCCGCCGCCGAUCAGAGCGUGGGACUCGUGAAUUACAACGUGAACAUAGCAACUGCCCGCCGCAGGGAUUACUCUCACGCAUUUGAGCUUGUAGGCUUCGGACGUUAAACGUAUACAUUUCCAUUGCGCGUGUUUUAAACAUGCGUUCUAAUCUGUCAUAAGAUGAUUGUUCAUUUUCACUAGAUCCUUAAAAUGUAUAAGGGAUUUUAACUGGGAUACUUUAAAAGUAAAAUAGAUAAGUAACAGUAGUCGUAAUUAUAUAAAAAUCAUAAAUAAGUCCUUAAUAACAUAGUAUAAUAAGAUAAGACAGGUAAUGUAACUCCAUAAAACGUUGUAGGUACAGCGAAAACCACGCUAACACACCUAUAUCAGUAUAUGUUUUUAACAUGUGUGGAAUUAUGCAUCUGUCUGUCUAAUCAUUACUGCUUCAGCUGCUUUAGAACCGAAGAUAAUUUUCAUGUAUUAAAUGAUAUAAGGUAUAGACACGUAUUCAAUUUUGUAUGUCACACUUAAAAUCCAAAUGUAAAGAAAUACAACUUCAAUUGAAUUAUUCAAACAUUGAGAAUUCUAAUCUGUAUUAUGCAAAUGUGAGUACUGAUUGCAUUGCAGUAU